UUGGUCGUGUUGACGAGUGAUGAUCACUAUUUACUCCUCAAUUUUCUUCUCCAACUAUUUCGCUUCCUUCUUCCAUUGUUUCUCUCCCAAUAUUUUGGUUUCCUCUUCUUCUGAGCUCUCACACACUCAAGAACUCUCAAAUUAGAACUCUUCCUUUGGACUAAGAAAUUUUUGUUCUUUACACCAAAUUUUGUUACUUUUUUUAUACCCAGUUGAGGAUUUUUACUCGCAGCUUACUGGGUGCUCUCUGCUCUGAAGCUUCACUUGUUAUUGGAGUUUUCAGAACCGGACGCUGAUUAGUGUUUAAUAUACUAGUAUAAUAUAUAAUAAUAAUGAUAAUAAGAUCGAAUCUUUUUAAAUUGUUGACAUGGUCCUUACUUUAUUUGACAAGUUUUGUGGAUGAUAUAGCCAUUAAAAGAAUUUGUUUGACUGAUCCUCUUCUCUAUUAUUAAUUUUGUAUUAUAUAUAUAGCUUUUGUUUCCUGAUAAGGACUGUGCCCAUUAAAAAGAAAGAUUAUAUUUGGGGCAAAAACUUAUCACUGUUGUUUCUAUUUAUCUUUUCAUAUUUUUAUAGUCAUAAUUAGCGUAGGUUGUUUCUCACAGUGUAGUAGUGGGGCUUGCGUCAAGCUUUCAUGUAUUAUUAUUUGGGUUGUCGAAGGUGGUUCCCAGUUAUCAUAGUAUAGUAUUAUGUCGGAAGCCACAAUCACAAUAUUAUUAUUAGUGUCUCAGUUCCUUGGUUCUUAAAACUUAACAGUCCCCCCUUUUUUUUACAUCACAAUCCUUCAAUUCAUGAUGCCUCUGCAUGAGUUGUACCGCAAGGCCAAGGAGAAGCUUGAUUGUUCUAAAGAGAUCAAUAGCACAAGUGCAUCUGAUCAUUCAACCGCACCAGAGAGUGAUUUCUAUGAACUUGUUUGGGAAAAUGGUCAGAUUUCAAUGCAGGGUCAGUCAAGUAGUAGAGGUAGAAAGAGUCCAACUUGUAAGAGUUUAACAUCUCAUUGUCCCAAGGGUCUUCAACAUAGGGAUGUAGUGGGAUAUGGUAAUGGUAACAAUAAUGUUAAUAUGAUGAGGAUGGGGAAGUUUGGGGAUUCAGAAAGUGGACUCAAUGAGAUUAGAAUGCCGGCUCCAUCUGCUGAAGACGAAGACGUGAUACAUUGGUUGAAUUAUGGAAUGGAUGAAUCUUUGCCACAUGACUAUGGUUCUGAUUUCAUACAUGAACUCUCUGGGGUCACCAUGCAUGAAAUCCUUCCCUUAAAUAACCUCUCUUUGUUGGACAAAAGAAGCAAUUCCAAUCAGGUACUUAGGGACUCUCACAAGAACUAUGCGCGCCAUGCUUUUGGUUCAGAACAAGGGAUCCUUAACAAGGACUUUUCGGUUAUGGCUAAAGGAGAGAUUGAGAUCCCUAGACCCAAACCUAGCACAAGUCAAUUUUGCCAACCAUCAUCAUAUCAAUGUCAAGGAUCAUUUGCAUCUGUUAGGUCCAAAGCAUCAGAGAUAACAGAGAAUAAUGGUAGUAACCCUACUCAUCAAGUACCUUGUGGGGAACUGGCUCAGAUUUUCCCAUCUGCUUCAAGUGGUUUUUCUGGGUUAAAGUUGGAUAAGCAAGAUCAGGUUAUGUGCAGCAGUAGUUCCACUAUAAUGAACUUCUCCCAUUUCGCUAGACCUGCUGCUAUUGUGAAGGCUAAUCUUCAGAACAUUGGGUUGUCUUCAUCAAGAUCAGAUGGUAUUGAAAACAAAAAUAAAGAUGCUUCUGCGACCGCAAGCAAUCCUCCUGAAUUAACAAAAGCUGGUUUUAGUGGCGAACAUCCGAAACAAUCCGCUGUGCACGAGCUGAAGAUUGUGGAGCCUUCUAAGGCUGAUUUGAAGCAAUUGGAGCCCUCUAAGGCUGAUUUGAAGCAAUUGGAGCCAAAAUCUCUUGAAGUGAAUGCUACUGUUUUGAGGCAAUCUGAUCCUCCUCGAAAAGAAGAUGUGUCAAAGAUUUAUCAAAGUUCCAAUCUACUUCUUUGUGAAAGUACCAAUAAAGGAGAGGAAGCUGUUGUAAAAAAUAUGGAGCCUGCAGUAGCCUCUUCAUCCGUUUGCUCUGGCAAUGGCGCAGAGAGAAUUUCAGGCAACCCAAACCAAAGUUUGAAGCGAAAAAGACAAGAAACAGAGGACUCUGAGUGCCACAGUGAAGAUGUUGAGGAAGAAUCAGUGGGUGUUAAAAAGGCAGGUCCAACACGAGGUGUUAAGAGAAGUCGUUCAGCCGAAGUACAUAAUCUAUCUGAAAGGAGGCGAAGAGACAGGAUCAAUGAGAAGAUGCGUGCAUUGCAAGAUCUCAUACCAAACUGCAAUAAGGUGGACAAAGCUUCAAUGCUGGACGAGGCAAUCGAGUAUCUCAAAACACUUCAACUCCAAGUUCAAAUUAUGUCAAUGGGAGCUGGUUUGUAUAUGCCUCCAAUGAUGUUACCUGCAGGAAUGCAGCACAUGCAUCCACCAAUGGCUUCCUUUUCUCCGAUGGGCGUUGGCAUGCAGAUGGGGUUGGGAAUGGGUUAUGGAAUGGGUAUGCCUGACAUGAAUGGUGGACCUUCUAGAUUCCCAAUGAUUCAGGUGCCCCAAAUGCACAGAACUCAUCCUCCGGCCGCACCUAUGCCCGGACCCUCUGCAUUACAUGGGAUGGGAAGAUCAAAUCCUCCAGUGUUUGGCCUGCCUAGCCAGGGACUUCCAAUUCCAACUAUGCCGUGUGCUCCAAUGUUUUCUUAUCAGGGAGAGCCUGUUGCAAACUCACCAGCCUUACGACCAAAUGCUUGCGGAACAGCAGGACUUACAGAAACUGAGAAUCCAGCUUCAGCAUCUAACCAAAAGGAUCCAAUGCCAAUUAUGCAGAACACCAAUGGUUGUAACUCGACGAGUCAGACUACAAAACAGUGUGAAGCAGCAGCAGCAGCCGGCAGGGUUGAACCCUCUGCCUCUCAGGCUAACGACGGCAGAGCUGUGGAUGCCACGAAAACAGAUAACCUUGUGACUGAUAAAUUCGACUAGUAAGCGUGAGUGAUGACUAUAAAUAUGUCCCUUCAUGUUGAAUUUUUACUUAUAAUUUUUACUAUAAGCAUCUCUGCAAGUUCUAAUGCAGAGAGCACAGAACAGAGGAUUGAGGUUGAGCCAUCACAAUAACACCUUUGGGAAGCACAGAUAUUUCAGUCUCUUUGAACAGACCAUAUUAAUUACAUGUUACAUGUACAUCCUCUUGUGGCCUAAACAUAUUCAACUAUCUUUCUAAUGUUCCACUCAGAUAUCUUAUUAUCAUUCUUUGGCUUUAAUGAAAUAAUAUCUACAUGUUUUUUGGUAAGAGACCAUGGCAAAUAUGUUAACCCCACUUCCCAGUUCCCACUAGUUAUAGAAACAGGAGAAAAGUGGCAGCAUCAUAAUCUCUCUCUCUCUCUCUCUCUCUCUCUCUCUCUCUCUCAUAUUAAGACAUGGACUAUGUCAUGUCAAGACCCAAAUAAUAUAUGGGCUUGGAAAUCCUUCAUUAACAAAGCCAAGCCCAUCCUUGAAAUCUAUUGUUGAUUGGAAAAUUUACCAUAUAUUAUGUCCACUUAUAUAUGAACUAUGAAGUAAUAUGGAUAUAUG